AUGGGAGCAUGGACGGGCGGGGGCCGCCCCCGCGUGACAGCGGCGGGCCAAUCGGGCGCGGGGGGGCGUGGCCGUGGCGCUGUCAUGGCGGACGGGGAGCGAUCGCCGCUGCUGCCGCCCGAGGCGGGGCCGGGCCCGGGCGGGGCCGGGGCCGCCGGUGGCGGUGGGACGGGUCCGGGCGAGGCCCCGCCCCCUUACUCGCCAUUGGGCAGCCCCGAGGCACCGGGGGCGGGGCCUCCGGCGGUCACGUGCCGCGUGUGCCAGCGGCCAAUCAGCGUCGAGGGGAAGACGCACCAGCACGUGGUGAAGUGCGGGGGGUGUGGCGAGGCCACGCCAAUCAGGACGGCCCCUGGCGGGAAGAAGUACGUGAGGUGUCCGUGCAACUGCCUGCUGGUGUGCCGGGCGUCGGCGCAGCGCAUCGCCUGCCCCCGGCCGUACUGUAAGAGGAUCAUCAACCUGGGCCCGGUGCAGACGGGCGCGCCCAGCCCUGACCCCGCCCCCGGGGGCGUGCGCGUGGCCUGCGCCCACUGCGGGGGGCCCUUCCUGUGGGCGGAGCUCCCCGAGCGCUCAUUGGCUCGCUGCCCGCACUGCCGCAAGGUGUCUGCGAUUGGCCGGCGGUUCCCGCGGCGACGCUGCCUCUGCUGCCUAUUGGCCGCUCUGCUGAUGGGCGGGGCCGCAGCCGGCCUGGCGGCCGGCACCUGGUGGGCGUGGCGCCGGGCGCGGUGGGUGCCGGCGGCGUGGGCGGUGCUGGGGGCGGGCGCGGGGGCGUGUCUGCUGCGGGCGGCCUAUUGGGGCUGCGUGCGCGUCAGCCAGCCCCUCCCACCGCGCGCCUGACCACGCCCUCCCGUCUGGACACGCCCCCCGCGCCCGCACUGAGAGAUCCCGCCCCGGUGGGACACGCCCCUUUCAUCAUGGGACACGCCCCUUCAUCAUGGGACACGCCUUGGCGUCACAGGACACGCCUGUGGGCGUGGCUAUCUGUGAUUACGUCACACGGCCACGCCCCAUUUGCCAUCGGACGAUCCAUCCCCUUUAUUUUGCAUGACCCCGCCCCCUCCCGCAUGCCUCGGGCCCCGCCCACUUGUACAUAAGCCCCGCCCCCCGUGUACAGUGCUAUUUAUUGGCCACGCCCACCAAGGGCGGGCCCCGUCUGUAAAUAAACCCAAAAUCGGCAUUUUUCACCCCAAAA